AUGGAGAUAUAUAUGAAAUUGAACGAAAUUCUAUGUAGAGCAGCACAACAAUUAGCUGAUGAACAUAUGGAUCAAAUAAGACGUAAUCAAUAUUGUAUUUUUGUACUUGGCCGAUCACCAUUAACAAAUACACAAGCAACACAUGAAAUAAUUGAAGAAGCUAAAAUAUUAUUUCAACAUGAUUUACAAGCCAUGGAUUUUGGUAUUGUAAUUCAAAAAUCACAAGUUAAUAAUAAAGAUGAUGAACAUAUAUUAGAAUUUGAUACGGAUUCCAAUGAUGAAAGUGAAAAUGAAUAUGAUAUAUCUUCAUCAAGAGUAUCUUC